GAUAGAACCUGGUUAAUACUAGGUUGAUAGAUGAAUGGAUCAUGAUGCAUAAGAACUCUCAUACUGUUAAAUGGGACUUAAUGAACUGUCUUAUGUUGUUGUGGUGGUGAAUGAUUAGUAUUUGAUGCUUGUAUGCUUGGAUGUGUAGUCCCAUGAAUGGUUUGUCAUUAAAGCUAGGAUGCUAGGAAGAAUGAAUGCUAAGAUGAUAGAUGACUACUAAUUGCUGUUGGUAUUGUAAGUGAAACAUGAGUGCGAUGUGUAUUUUGUGUGACACUGAUAACGGGAGGCGUCUAGUGAUUGAGUCCAAGUACAAGUCUAAAUGAAAAAGGAAAGUAAAUGAGAAUGGGAAGGGAUAAGUGAAAAUGAUAAGGAUGUGAAAGGAUAAGUAAAAGUAUGAAAGAAUGAUGUUACGGUUAAGCAUGGGCGGGGAAGCAUAUAGAGUCUAAGGAAAGUAUGUGUGGCAGUAGUUCUCGUUAGGUAUCCAUAGGAUAUGUGGCGAAUCCACAAGAAUAUGGAAGCACCCAUAGAAGAUGUGGCCAAUCCACAAGAAUAUGGGGUAGAAGCCUAGUAGGAGCUACCCACUGAUGAUAAGAACGUGUGCCAACCGGGAGAGGUGGGAUAUAAAAACGUGCAUCAUGGUCGGGUAACGAGGAGUUAAAGGUGUCAUAGGAUCGAGUCGGUCUAGUAUGAGGAGACGGUUCAGUCUAGGGUUUAACGUGUGUGGCAAUGAGUGGGAUCAUUGUAUUGAUUGAUUGCUAGGUUGCUAGAAAUGUAUGGAGUUGAAUGUUUGGAAAUAAUGAUGAUGAUGAUAUGAAAUGAUGAAAAUACAUUACCUGAUUGUAGUGGCUAGUCAGUCCUAGUUCCCGCUUAGAGUAGUAUAGAGUGUCAUGCGGGCAGGCUGGUCUAGAGCCACUUCACUGAGUAACUUGUUGCUCACUCCUCCAUUUCUAUUUCCCUGUGCGCAGGACUGUAAGUAGAAGUAUAUGGAUGUGGGUGUGACGGUAUUUCAAAGAAGGUUUUGCGCCCGUCGACUCUCGGGACCAGUAACGGGACACGUAGGGUUGUCUAAAUGAGUAGACACAUUUCCAUAACGCCCCUUCAAUAACCCCGGUCGGACGCCGGGGAUCGGAACGUUACAGGUGACCUCCCAAAACCACUAAAUCAGAAUUGUGCGGCACAGUGAUAUUUUUGCUCACAAGAUAGCUCUCUAAUAUAUUUUAGAUUUAUACGGUCACCGACCACUAGGUCAUCUCGGUCGGGUUAGCCCUGUCCAUUUUUAGAAAGUACUAUCGUUGAGCCUUCGUUUCUCCUUUUUAGGAGACGUUAGUUCCAUUUCCAUUAUAUUCGUUAACUAUUUUAUUUCGAAAAGGAUUAUGUUCGUUAACUUCUCAAGUUCAAAAAUUUUUUUUUGCUUUUCUCAAAUUUUCCAACUCUCUAGUCGCGAUAUAAGCUGGGGUGUACAAAACGCAUAGUUUUUUAAUCAUCUUACAUUUUCUGAAUAACCCGGGGUUCAUCAUUCAUGAACAAUUACGUAAAAUAUACAUUUCGCUGUAUAUUAUGAAGUAAUAUAAUUUCCAACAAUGAAACGUCAAAAUGGAAAACCAUAGUAAACUCUUAAUUAGAAACAAAUUGUUAAAUAUUCAAAAAUGGAAAUAACAAAAUUGGUAAAGUGACAAAUCAGGAGAAUUAACAAUAACGACUAAAGUCCAUACUGUAUAAAUAUAUACAUGAAUGAUCAAGAAGUUGCAUUGUGUCUCAAAACCUAAAGAUCUUAUUCGAUCACCAUGUCUUAUGCAACCAGAAUGAUGAGCGUUACACUCUCUCUUCAAAUCAUUACAGCUUUUCUCUUUAUUACCGCCACAGCCUCAUCACCUCCAAGCGGCUUCACCAUGGACCUAAUCCACCGUCGCACCAAUUCAUCUUCUUCUCGACGCUCUAAUACUUAUGAUCAACUCCGAUCAUCUCCUUACGCCGACAUCUUCUUUCAAACCUCCGAGUAUCUUAUGAAACUCAAAAUCGGUACUCCUCCUGUCGAGAUAGACGCAGUCUUAGACACAGGAAGCGAGAUCAUAUGGACACAAUGUUUGCCUUGUCUUAACUGCUACAAACAACGCAAUCCAAUAUUCGACCCUUCCAAGUCCUCAACCUACAAAGAGCAAUUAAAGUGCAUUACCCCUAACCCCUCUUGUGAUUAUACUUUGCUAUACGGGGACCAAAGCUACUCCAGAGGAAGCUUAGCAACCGAGACCGUCACCAUCCAAUCCACUUCUGGCCACUCCUAUGUAAUGCCUGAAACAGUUAUUGGAUGUUCGCACAACAGCUCAGGGUUUAGAACAACCGCCUCGGGCAUUGUUGGUCUAAGUUGGAAAUCUUUAUCUCUCAUCUCUCAGAUGGGCAAAAAUAUGCUCGGUGCCUUUUCCUACUGCUUCUCCCCUGAGGGAACAAGUAAGAUCAGCUUUGGAAGUAAUGCUAUUGUGUCAGGGGACGGGACUGUAUCAACCACUAUGUUUACGAAGAAGGAGAAACCCGGUUUCUAUUACCUAAACCUAGACGCGGUCAGCGUUGGGGAGGCUCGCGUUGAAACAUUGGGGACCCCGUUUCACGCCGUAGACGGUAACAUAUUAAUAGACUCUGGAACCACUUUAACCUACUUGCCUGCAAGCUACUGCAGCCUAGUGAGGGAGUCAGUGGAGAAGGUUGUGACUGCGGAACGAGUAACUUUCUCGGAGAUCGACACACUUUGCUACAAAACGAAUACGAUGGAUAUCUUUCCAGUGAUCACGAUGCAUUUCAGUGGAGGUGCAGAUCUUGUUUUGGAUAAAAACAAUACGUAUAUGGCUAAUGGACAAGCCAUUUGUCUGAUGAUUAUGUGUGGUCCGAUAACACCAAUUGCUGAAAAAGCUGUCUUUGGCAACAGAGCACAGAACAACUUCUUGGUUGGUUACGAUCAUUCUUCACUACAGGUUUCAUUUAAACCCACCGAUUGUGGUGUUACACAAGACAUGCCAAGAGACUCAACUUCUGCAGCGUCGUUUUUACAGUUGAACAUUAAGUUUGUUUUAUUUAUAGUUGCCCUUUCACUAAUUAGACUAUAGAGAAUGGUUUAUUUUAUUUAUAUAUAUAUAUAUAUAUAUAUAUG